GUGUGGGUUCAAAAUGACAUUGGGGACUUCAAGGCUGUAGUCUCAACAAAAAGACAAAUUAAAAUAUUAGCACAUUUGAAUCUGUGAGUUCCCCAUGGCAAACUGAGUUGGAGAAAGUUUGGUUAUCUGAGGCAGUGCCACUCCUCAGCACUUCUAAAUGCUCAUGUGUGUCCUUGGGUGCCUUUCUUGUGCUGAUAAACAAGUACUGGCCUUUUUUUCCCUGUGGAAAAGGAGAUGAAAACUACAGUCCUUGCAGGCCUGGGUUUGUCUGUAACAGCAGUGCUGUGGCUGCUGUUGUCUUGCCUUAACACUUUCUGUACUUGAGACUCUUAUUUUGAUGUUUAGUCUGCCCAAGAUGGAAUCACAGCUUUCUGCAGGUUGUUUUCACGUGAUGUGUCCUUCCCUUUGCUUUUAUUUUCCUUUUCAUUCUUUGCUUCAAAAAGCAGCCUCACUGUUCACUGUCUUCCCUGGCUGCUGAGCUCAGGUCAGUGAGAUGCUGAUGGGCAGCUCUUUGGAUGCUGGCACCCAACCAGGCUCAUAAUCUUAGUAGGAACCUUUUGCUUCUGUCUAGAUAAGAAAUGGAGUGUGUGCUUUAGGGAGGGUUUUAUUUCUUGUCAAGUGACCCUCACAGCACUCUCCUCCCCAGACAAACACUCUGGUUCUCAGAGCUGUUCCUAAUGUAGCAAAUAGAGGGCAGAAAUGGCCCUGCCACAGGUGUUGGCCCCAGUCACUGGUGUGGGCUCUCCUGCAGUGCCCAGCCCCCUCUGAGGAGCCGCAGGGGCCAGGGGCUCUCCCCAGCAGCCAGCAUGAACAGGGCUGCCCUCCCCCUGUGACCAGCAGCGCUGUGUUACCUGUCCUUUUGUGGACAGGUAAAGGAGACCUAAUAGUUUUAUUUGCCAGUGUACUGCAGGGGAGUCGUUGGAGCUGUGCUGUGAGGAUUUGAAGUGGCUGAUAAAAAUCUCUACAAGAACAUUCAUGGGUGUGGGAAUAAGGAAGUGAACCUCACUGUGCUGCUACUGGAAUUGUGCAUCACAACGCUUUUCAUUUAACUCGGGUUCAGAAAAACUUCAUGGUUGUGAAAGUGCAAAUUCUUUAACUCAUCAACUUUUUCUUUUUCUAUUCCACAUCUAAUAGAUAUUUGAUAAUUAACCAUAAAAAUUCAGAUUUGUUUUGCCUCUGAUGUAAAAACCCAAACCCAGAGCAGUGUUUCAUAUGAAAUGGUGACUGCUGCCCCUUCAGUGAACUCCUAAAAAAGCAGAACAAUAACUGGCUUGCAUGCUUUAGGAGUCACAAAUAACAUUUUAAAUGGUUUGGAUCAUAAUGGCUGUAUUCAUUGCCCCCUACAGAUUGGCUCUCAUAAUCAAAACUACUUCUCUAUAUGUUGUGUGAUUUAUGGGAUGCCUAUAAUUCCAGUGAGAUCCUUGUAGAUGGUAUUAAUUCAGUCAUAUGGCACAACAUGUGUAAAUUCCUAUGACUACAUGGCAGCUCUAUUCAAUUCAGUAUCUUGCUGUGAAGACACAACACACAAAAUAAGUAAAAAAAAAAAAUAAAAGGCUUUAGUAAACAAAACAAAGGCUCUCUAUUGUAAUUUCAAAAUCACCAUCCUUCAAAGAAGUCCACAAUGACAAAGUAAUGAGGAGUAGGAAUUGAGUCCUAAGGAAUCUCCUUUUUGUAUCCUUGCUUCUUGGUUUUGCAGCUGAGCAAGCACAUGGAAUAUGAUCAUCAAAGCAGUUUCCUAUAGCAAACUCUAUGGGUUGGAUAUUUUCUCAUUUAACCCCAGCUGGCAGCUCAGCUGCACACAGCUGUUCCAUCCCUUCCCCCAGUGGGAUGUGGGGGCAGAAUCAGAAGGGUAUAAGUGAGGAAACUAAAUACAGUUCAAUAAGUAAAGCAAAAGCCACUCUCACAGGCAAAGCAAAACAAGGAAUUCAUUCACAACUUCCAGGGCAGGCAGGUGUUCAGGCAUCCCCAGGACAGCAGAGCUCCCUCAUCAGUGAUGGUGACUUGGGAAGACACUCUGAAUGUCCCCACUGCCUUCUUCUGUCCCUGAUUUAUACCAGUCAGCUGAUGCCAUAGGGUGUGGGAUGUCCCUUGGGUCACUCGGGGUGAGCUAUCCUGGCUGUGUCCCCUCCCAGCUCAUUGCUGCAGUUUUGGGGUGGGGCGAGGAGCAGAAAAGUUCUUGCCUUGACUCUGUAUGAACGCUGCUCAGCGAUGAGGAAAACAUCCCUAAUGAUCAACACAGUUUCCAGCACAAAUCCAAAACACAGCUCGCUACCCUGGUAAAUUUCACGCAACCCCAACCAGCACAGGGAUGCUCAGGAGAAAGCUCUUGUCCGGGAUCCAGCUCAGCUUGCAGGAACACCUGGCGGGGCCGGGAGAUCAGCAGCCCGAGCGGCCCGGUGCCCCAUUCCGGAGGGACGCUGUUCUGAGGGUCCAGCCCGUUCGGCCGGAGGCGCUGCCCGAGGCUGAGCCCCGGCACGCCGUGCCCUCUCCGGCCGAGCCGCUGCUGCGAACACCCAUCCCCUGCGGGGCCGUGCCUGUCCCCGUGCCCGUGCCGCGGCGGGCUCCGGGCCACCUGCGGCAGGGACAAAGCGGGGCCCGGCGGGGCGGGGCGAGCAGGGACCCUCCCGGGCCCGCCCCGCGGCUCCGCCCGCCCCGGCCCGGCCGCGCCCGCCCGGCGGCAGCGAGGGAGCGCGAAACGAGAGCCUGGCGCUCGGCUCGGCACGGCUCGGCUCGGGUCGGGUCAUGUCGCCAUGUCGGAAGUGAGGAAGUUCACGAAGCGGCUCAGCAAGCCGGGCACGGCGGCCGAGCUGCGGCAGAGCGUCUCGGAGGCGGUGCGCAGCUCCUUCGUGCUGGAAAAAACGAAAGUGGUGGAACCCUUGGACUAUGAGAACGUGAUCCUUCAGCGCAGGGUUCAGAUCUACAGCGAUCCCCUCCGGGACCUCCUGAUAUUUCCAAUUGAAGAUGUGUCUAUCUCGGUCAUCGGCCGACAGAGAAGGACUGUCCAGUCAACAGUGCCAGAAGAUGCUCUAAAGAAAGCUCAGAGUCUCUUUGUCAAAGAGUGCAUUAAAACCUACAGCUCUGACUGGUUCGUGGUAAACUACAAAUAUGAGGAAUACUCUGGAGACUUUCGGAUGUUGCCAUGCAAAUCCUUUAGGCCAGACAAGAUUCCAAGCCAUGUGUUUGAAAUUGAUGAAGACUUUGAAAAGGAUGAGGACUCCUCUUCCCUGUGCUCCCAGAAGGGUGGUGUGAUAAAGCAGGGCUGGCUGCACAAAGCCAAUGUCAACAGCACCAUCACUGUCACCAUGAAGGUAUUCAAGAGGAGAUAUUUUUACUUGUCACAGCUCACAGAUGGCUCCUAUAUUCUGAAUUCCUACAAAGAUGAGAAGAUUUCAAAAGAAUCCAAAGGCUGCAUUUUCUUGGAUGCUUGCAAUGAUGUGGUUCAGUGUCCCAAGAUGCGCCGCUAUGCGUUUGAGCUGAAGACAAUAGACAAGUACAGCCACUAUCUUGCAGCUGAAACUGAGCAGGAGAUGGAGGAAUGGCUGGUAACUCUGAGGAAGAUCAUUCAGAGCAAUACUGAGAGUUUGGUGCAAGAGAAGAAAGAUGCUGUGGAAUCUGUGCAAGAUGAUGAAUCAAGCACGCAGGGAAAGUCAGAGAACAUCCUGGAGAGCCUGGAGAGAAGCAUGCAUCCAGAGCUGAUGAAGUAUGGAAGAGAAACAGAUCAGCUAAACAAACUGAGCAGGAAUGAUGGAAGACAAAACAUCUUUUCUUUUGACCCAGAAGUCCAGAGACUCGAUUUCUCAGGGAUUGAGCCAGAUGUGAAGCCCUUUGAGGAAAAAUGCAGCCGGCGCUUCGUGGUUUGCUGCCAGGACUUCUCCCUCAACCUCCUGGCUCAGCUGAGCGACAGGGCAGAAGAAGGACCUACGAACGUUGAGCCCUUUUUCCUAAGCUUGGCGUUAUUCGACCUGAAAAGCAAUUGCAAGAUUUCAGCUGACUUCCACGUGGACCUGAACCCGCCGUGCGUGCGGGCCAUGCUGCAGGAGAGCUCGGAGCCGCGGGCCGAGGGCGGCGCGGGAGCCGGGCCCGGGCCGAGCCCGCUGCACGGCCUGCCUGAGCGCUGCCUGCGCGACGUCAAACGGGGGGUGUUCUCCGUGACCAACCCGCACACAGAGAUCUUCCUGGUGGCCCGAGUGGAGAAGGUGCUGCAGGGCAGCAUUGCCCACUGUGCAGAGCCCUACAUGAAAAACUCAGACCCUGGGAAGACUGCCCAGAAGGUCCAUAAGGUGGCCAAGCAGGUGUGCAGCCGUCUGGGGCAGUACCGGAUGCCCUUCGGCUGGGCUGCCAGGCCAGUUUUCAAAGACUCCCAGGGCACUCUUGAUGCUGAUGGAAAAUUCUCACCCCUGUACAAGCAAGACAGUGGCAAACUCUCAAAUGAAGAUAUGCUGAAGCUUUUAGCUGAGUAUAAAAAACCAGAGAAGACAAAACUGCAGGUCAUUCCAGCCCAGUUAAACAUCAUCAUCAAAGACAUCCCACUGGACUUCACAAAUUGUUUCACAGCUUCUUACAUUCCUAUAAAACCUUUUGAGAAGGACUGUGAGGACAUUGCAGUUGAAGUGGAGGAGCUUGUCCCAGAAGUUGCAAAAUACUGUUACCCCUUCACUGUCUACAAAAACCACCUGUACGUCUACCCCUUGCACUUGAAAUAUGAGAACCAGAAGGUGUUUGCAAAGGCAAGGAAUAUUGCUGUCUGUGUUGAGUUCAGGGAUUCAGAUGAAGCUGAUGCCAGGCCAUUAAAGUGCAUAUAUGGCAAGCCCGGGGGCCCUCUGCUGACCACAAACGCCUACGCUGCUGUGCUGCAUCACAACCAGAGCCCCGAGUUCUAUGAUGAGAUUAAAAUUGAGCUUCCAAUUCACCUCCAUCAAAAGCAUCAUUUGCUUUUCACCUUCUAUCAUGUCAGCUGUGAAAUUAAUACAAAGGCAACAUCGAAAAAACAAGACACCGUUGAAACUCAAGUGGGGUUCUCCUGGGUGCCGCUGCUGAAGGACGGGCGCAUCGUGCCCCUGGAGCGGCAGCUGCCCGUGUCCUGCAGCCUCCCCCCCGGCUACCUGGGGCUGCCAGACACCGACUCACGCAAGCAGCCCAGCAUGGAUGCAAAGUGGGUGGAUGGAGCAAAGCCACUGUUUAAAAUCAGAAUCCACUUGGACUCUACCAUUUACACCCAGGACAUGCACUUGCACAAAUUCUUCCACUACUGCCAGCUGGUUCAGGCGGGAGCUAAGGAAGUGCCAGGAGAGCUUGUUAAAUACCUAAAGUGUUUGCACGCCAUGGAGAUCCAAGUAAUGAUUCAGUUUCUACCUGUAAUUCUUAUGCAACUAUUUAGAGUCCUCACAAACGUGACGCAGGAGGAUGAAGUAGCUGUCAACUGCACCAUGGUUCUUCUGCACAUUGUGUCCAAGUGCCACGAGGAAGGUCUAGACCACUACCUGCGCUCCUUCCUAAAGUACGUGUUCCGAGCAGAGAAGCCCAGUGCCAAGCAGGCGAAGAUGACCCACGAAAUCCUGGUGCUUUCCAUGGCCACCAUCUUGAAGCAGUCAGCAGAUUUUCUGGCCAUCAAUAAGCUCCUCAAGUACUCGUGGUUUUUCUUUGAAGCACUGGCAAAGUCCAUGGCAAUGUACUUACUGGAAGAAAACAAAAUCAAGCUGCCCAGAGGCCAGAGGUUCCCUGAGUCCUACCAGCACGCCCUGCACUCACUGCUGCUGGCCAUCAUCCCUCACGUGACCAUCCGCUACAACGAGAUCCCUGAGGAGUCCAGGAAUGUCAACUUCAGCUUGGCCAACUUCCUGAAGCGUUGUUUGACCUUUAUGGACAGAGGAUUUGUUUUUAACUUGAUAAAUGAUUACAUUUCUGGAUUCAGCCCAAAAGACCCUAAGCUUCUGGUUGAAUACAAGUUUGAAUUUCUUCAAACUAUUUGCAAUCAUGAGCACUACAUUCCUCUGAACUUACCAAUGACAUUUUCCAAACCCAAGCUGCAAAGAGUUCAAGAUUCAAAUCUUGAGUACAGUUUAACUGAUGAGUAUUGCAGGCAUCAUUUCCUCGUGGGGAUGCUUCUUAGAGAAGCCUCUGUUGCCUUGCAGGACAAUUAUGAUAUCAGAUAUACAGCCAUCUCGGUCUUAAAAAACCUCCUGAUCAAGCAUGCCUUUGACAACAGAUACCAGCACAAGAACCAGCAGGCAAAAAUUGCCCAGCUGUACCUGCCUCUGUUCGGGGUGCUCCUGGAGAACCUGCAGCGCGUGGCCGGCCACGAGGCACUGACCUCCUGCCCUGCCUCCAGCCCUGCAUCCAGGGAUGAGUUCAUAUGCAGUUUUCCAUCCCCCUCAAGCAGAUCCAGCCUGAUUGCAGACAAAGAUCCAGCAUGUGGAGCAGCCCUUCCAAAUGGCCAUUCAAUAAAGCGAGAGGACUCAAAAGGAUCCCUGAACUCGGAGGGAGCAACCAGUUCCCCGGAUCAGAGCAAAAAUAUCCGCAGGAGCUCCAUGAGGAGCAGCGUGUCCCACUGCAGCCGGCUGGACCAGUUCGAGAUCCGGACGCUUCUGAUGUGCUAUCUGUACAUUGUGAAGAUGAUCUCUGAAGAUACUCUUUUAGCUUACUGGAACAAAUUCUCCCCCCAGGAGCUGAUCAAUGUCCUCGUGCUUCUGGAGGUGUGUUUAUUUCACUUCAGAUACGUGGGGAAGAGAAAUAUUGCCAGCUCCUGCAUGAGACCCCCAGGCUCAGGCGAGCACAGGUUGGCAGUGUCCCCCCCAGCCAGCUGCAGGGUGCAGGAUGCCUGGCUGUCCAAGCACACGGCAGCUGAGAGGAAGUCCCAGACCAUGCCAGCGCUCCGCAGCAGAGCCGGGGUGCGGCUCCAGCACCUGGGCAGCUUGGAGAGCUCCUUCACCCUCAACCACAAUGCGGGCACCUCAGAAGCAGAUAUUGUGCACCAGGCGUUACUGGAGGGCAAUAUUGCCACCGAAGUGUGCCUGACAGUCCUGGACACCAUUUCUUUUUUCACUCAGAGUUUCAAGACCCAGCUUUUAAGCAACGAUGGCCACAAUCCACUUAUGAAGAAGGUUUUUGAUAUUCAUCUGGCUUUUCUCAAAAAUGGGCAGUCAGAAGCAGCCCUUAAGCACGUGUUUGCCUCUCUGAGAGCUUUCAUUAGCAAGUUCCCCUCAGCAUUUUUCAAAGGAAGGGUGAACAUGUGUGCUGCCCUCUGCUAUGAGAUCCUGAAGUGUUGCACUUCCAAGGUGUCCUCCACAAGGAACGAAGCCUCUGCUCUUCUGUACCUCCUGAUGAGAAAUAAUUUUGAGUUCACCAAAAGGAGAACAUUUCUGAGAACACAUCUUCAGAUAAUAAUUGCAGUGAGCCAGUUAAUUGCAGAUGUGGCCCUCAGUGGUGGGACCAGAUUUCAGGACUCCUUGCUCAUCAUUAACAACUUUGCAAACAGCGACAGGCCUAUGAAGGCAACGGCUUUUCCUUCCGAAGUCAAAGAUUUGACAAAGAGAAUCCGCACAGUGCUCAUGGCUACUGCUCAAAUGAAAGAACAUGAAAAGGACCCAGAGAUGUUGGUGGAUCUCCAGUACAGUUUGGCCAAGUCUUACGCAAGCACCCCCGAGCUCCGGAAGACGUGGCUGGACAGCAUGGCCAAGAUACAUGUGAAGAACGGAGACUUCUCAGAGGCAGCCAUGUGCUAUGUUCACGUAGCAGCCCUCGUUGCAGAGUUCCUGCACAGGAAGAAACUGUUUCCCAGUGGAUGCGCUGCCUUCAGGAAGAUCACUCCCAACAUUGAUGAAGAAGGUGCAAUGAAAGAAGAUGGUGGGAUGAUGGAUGUACAUUACAGUGAGGAGGUCCUGGUGGAGCUUCUGGAGCAGUGUAUAGAUGGCCUGUGGAAGGCAGAGCGUUAUGAAACAAUUUCUGAGGUUUCCAAACUGAUCAUUCCUAUUUAUGAAAAGCGGCGUGAAUUUGAGAAACUCACCCAGCUGUACAGAACACUCCACGGAGCAUAUGCUAAAAUAUUGGAAGUAAUGCACACAAGGAAGAGGCUUCUUGGAACCUUUUUCAGAGUGGCCUUUUAUGGACAAACAUUCUUUGAGGAAGAAGAUGGGAAGGAAUAUGUCUACAAGGAGCCCAAACUGACAGGCCUCUCAGAGAUCUCCUUCAGACUUCUUAAACUUUAUGGAGAAAAAUUUGGGUCAGAGACUGUAAAGAUUAUCCAGGAUUCUAAUAAGGUCAACAUUAAAGACCUUGAUCCCAAGUAUGCCCAUAUUCAAGUGACUUAUGUGAAGCCCUACUUUGAAGACAAAGAAAUGUCUGAAAGAAAAACUGAAUUUGAAAGAAAUCAUAAUAUCAAUAGAUUUGUAUUUGAAACUCCUUACACUUUAUCUGGAAAAAAGCACGGCAGUGUGGAAGAACAAUGCAAAAAAAGGACCAUUCUGACUACUUUGAACUCCUUUCCAUAUGUUAAGAAGAGAAUUCCGGUCAAUUAUGAACAUCAGGUUAAUUUAAAGCCAAUUGAUGUUGCUACUGAUGAAAUAAAGGACAAGACAGCAGAGCUGCAGAAACUCUGCAGCUCUGCUGGUGAUGUUGACAUGAUCCAGCUGCAGCUCAAACUGCAGGGCUGUGUCUCUGUGCAGGUUAAUGCUGGUCCUUUGGCCUAUGCCAGAGCUUUCCUAAGUGACAGCCAGUCCAGCAAAUAUCCUGCUAAGAAGGUGAAUGAGUUAAAAGAAAUGUUCAGGAAGUUUAUCCAAGCCUGUGGAAUUGCUCUGGAGCUCAACGAGCGUCUCAUUAAGGAGGAUCAAGUGGAGUACCACGAGGGGUUAAAAUCAAACUUUCAGGAUAUGGUGAAAGAGCUUUCUGACAUCAUCCAUGAACAGCUUUGAAGACAAGAUCUAUCAUGAAGACACAAUACAUUCACCGUGGAUGCAGGACUCCCUUCAUGUCUUCUGUGCGAUCAGUGGAACCUCUGGUGAUGGAAGUUACUGCUCACUCAGACCCACUGCUGACAUAUAAACAUAUCAGUCAUAUUUUACAGAGCCUCCUCAGGAAUUCUUGGAACUGUACAAAGGAUGUUUAGAACCAUCCAUGAUGAGCAAAGAUUGAAUUGCAGGGUGGUUUGGUUUGUUUUGCUUCGGUUUUUUUUUCCCCACAAAAAAAAGUUGCCAUGCUUUCAAACAGGGUGCUUGCUUAUUUGCUGAGCAACAUUGAAAGUGCCUGGACAUUGCACCACUGUGCUUGUUUUCUACUAUUUUUUUAAGCCAAGUGAAUAGCAGGACGUGGAAAGGCAAUUAUCUAAAUAACAUGUUGAAUUGCUGAACUAUGAAUCGAAACAAUGACAUACUGUGUAAAGUUGUACAAUGGAAUAUAAUAAAAUGUAAAACUACUUUGUAAAUAGAAGGACUAUAGAGUAUAUAGAAAUCAGCAUUUUAUCAUAUUUGCUGCUAAAAGCUUUGUUGGACGGGGGGGACAUGAAGGAGAAAUUGUAUUUACUGGUAAGAGACCUUUCUCUUCUAAAAAGUGACUUGGGGUCCACAUACCCCUAUUGCACUCAAUGAGAGUAAACUUGCCCUAGUUUGGAAUAAUAAAACCUAAGUCAGAAAUUAUAAUUUUCAUACAUCCUCAGAACAGAUAUUUCUAAAGUAAUCUCCAUGAAAGUUGAGCUUACUGUAGCUGAUUCCAAUUUUGGGUAAACUUUCACAACUGCAAGAGAGGAUGGAUUGUACUCACUGAGAGCAGACCUGAGAGAUGUGUCAUUUGAUAAGGCUUUUCUCCUGCUUACCACUCAUGGUCUCACACAGAUAUGAACUCUGAGAAUGGCUUAAAUUGAGUUGGAAAUUAUAAGGUGCUUUAAUAACUUUCGAAAAAAAAUUCUAAUAAUCAGAGAGAUUUGGUUUAAAAACUUGCAGCACAUCAAAAUAUCUUAUAUGCAAAAUUGAGGGAUUUGUUAACACCACCAGUCAUGCAUGUUCCCUCCUGUUAAGCAGAUUUGUUCUCCGAAAGCUCAUUGUUUUUGUCUGAUAGGUGGUUGGAGAAAAUGUAUUUUCCAGAAUUCUUUUAUUCCUUCUUCCCCUUCCCAAAGCUUUCAUACAUUCUCUGCCUCUUUUUUAAUAAUACGCUUCAGAUUCAGGAAGAAGAACACAGUUCAGUAAUUCUUUUAUCCAGCGACAUUUUUAACAUCAGUGUUUUUCAAAAUCCUAUCAAUUGUAAAUAUGGUUCCAGUAGUUCAUAUGGGAAGGGUGGGAGUUUAAGGGAUAUGUAAAAAAAAAUGCCAUAAUAAAAGGACUUCAGCUGGG